AGAAGUUCCACCCUCGGCAUCACCUGCCAUACUCAGACUCGCCUGCGCUCAUCACCAAAUCAAUCAAUGAAUCGCAGGGAUCCCAACGCGACACGUUCUUGACACUUUGAAAUCACAGUCCGUGCCUCCACGCUGCAAACAAAAUACCGUAAACGACGCAACAUCAUUCCGCGACAUUGCGCUGCUCUCAAAUCACUCAAUUCUCUCCGCCGGCCGUCUUGAACCAGUCCACUGGUGAAUAGACAGACCGGACGAUGUCCUCCUUGAUCGACGAACCUGACCGACCAUAACACGACCGAUACAAUGGCCCCUACAGGUGGUGGGACAGCUGGCGGUGGAGGCGGAGGCAACAUCAAAGUCGUUGUACGAGUGCGGCCAUUCAAUAACCGCGAGAUCGAUCGCAAUGCAAAAUGCAUCGUUCAAAUGCAAGGCGCGCAGACUGUGCUGCAACCUCCUCCAGAAGCGGACGAACGACUGCGGAAAGGAGGGAAAGGAGGCUCGGAAAACCACAGAACAUUCAAAUUUGAUCAAUCGUACUGGUCUUUCAAUAAGGGAGAUCCUCAUUAUGCAGGCCAGGACAAUUUGUUCAACGACUUGGGGACGCCGUUACUUGACAAUGCGUUUCAAGGCUACAACAACUGCAUCUUCGCCUACGGCCAAACUGGUUCCGGAAAGUCCUACAGUAUGAUGGGUUACGGUGAAGAGGUCGGUGUGAUUCCUCGGAUCUGUCGGGAUAUGUUUGAAAGGAUCAACGCCAUGCAAUCGGACGUCAACCUCACAUGUACUGUGGAGGUGUCUUAUCUGGAAAUAUACAAUGAGCGGGUGCGCGACCUCUUGAACCCAGCAACCAAAGGCAACCUCAGGGUCAGAGAGCAUCCUUCCACCGGUCCGUACGUGGAAGAUCUGGCGAAACUAGCUGUGCGCUCGUUCAACGAAAUUGAGAAUCUGAUGGAUGAAGGAAACAAAGCUAGGACUGUGGCAGCCACUAAUAUGAACGAGACCUCGAGUCGAUCUCAUGCCGUCUUUACCCUGACAUUGACACAAAAGCGUCACGAUGUGGAAACUUCCAUGGACACUGAGAAGGUGGCUAAGAUCAGUUUGGUCGACUUGGCCGGUUCAGAACGAGCAACAUCGACCGGUGCUACAGGUGCCCGUCUAAAGGAAGGGGCGGAGAUCAAUCGCUCUCUCUCGACCCUCGGUAGGGUUAUCGCGGCCUUGGCCGAUCUCUCUUCUGGCAAAAAGGGCAUGAAGGUACCUUAUCGUGACUCGGUCCUCACAUGGUUGCUCAAAGACUCUCUUGGAGGAAACAGCUUGACUGCCAUGAUUGCUGCCAUCUCUCCAGCGGACAUUAACUUUGAGGAAACACUAAGCACUCUGCGGUAUGCAGACUCGGCCAAGAGGAUCAAGAACCAUGCUGUCGUCAAUGAGGAUCCGAAUGCCCGCAUGAUUCGUGAACUCAAAGAAGAACUCGCCAAACUGAGAAGCCAGCUAGGGGGAACGGGUGCACCCGGGAUGGCAGAAGAGUCGUACCCUCCCGACACGCCACUCGACAAACAGAUGGUCUCGAUCACCCAGGCUGACGGCUCGAUCAAGCGCGUCAGCAAAGCCGAUAUCAUGGAUCAACUGAGUCAGAGCGAGAAAUUAUAUGGGGAUCUUAAUCAGACCUGGGAAGAGAAACUACAAAAGACUGAAGAGAUCCACAAAGAAAGAGAAGCCGCCCUCGAGGAACUAGGAAUCAGUAUCGAAAAGGGCAAUGUUGGAAUGAGCACGCCAAAGAAGAUGCCUCACCUGGUUAAUCUAAGUGACGAUCCGCUCCUGGCAGAAUGCCUUGUUUACAACUUGAAACCAGGAAUAACCACUGUUGGCAAUGUAGACUCCUCCGAAGCAUCAGAGAUCAGGCUGAAUGGUUCCAGAAUUUUGGACCACCACUGCAAAUUGGAAAACGUCGACAAUGUCGUGACGGUUGUUCCCGAAGAAGGCGCUGCUGUCAUGGUCAAUGGAGUGCGCGUAGACAAGGCUACGAGACUCAAGAGUGGCAAUCGCAUCAUCUUGGGUGACUUCCACAUUUUCAGAUUCAACAACCCACUAGAAGCAAAAGCUGAGCGGGCUGAGAGGAGCUUGCUGAGGCAUUCAGUCACUGCUAGCCAGCUGAACUCACCGACGCCAUUUCGUCCCGCCCACGAAAGGUCCUGGAGCGCCGCAGGAUCGGAAUUUGAUGGAGAUUCAAGCAGAGCACAAUCUCCAGGUUUGAACAACAAGGAUUUUGACUGGUCUUUCGCCCGACGUGAAGCCGCUGGUGCAUUGCUUGGCUCCGAUCCCAAGAUAAUGCAACUGACCGACGAAGAGCUCGACAAUCUCUUUGCGAACGUGCAGCGUGCACGAGAGGAGCGUCGUGGACGUCCUGAGAACAGAAUAUAUGAGCACGACGAAGAUUCCGAUGACCUGAGUUCUUUUCUUGUACGAGACAAAUACAUGUCUAAUGGAACUGUGGACAAUUUCUCCUUAGAUACGGCCCUCACACAACCAGGAACUCCUUCUCAGCAUGGCGACUCCCAAGAGGACGGCGAUGUCACGUUAACUCAAGGCCAGUUCGAAGAACAGAGCCAGGAGCAGAUCAUAUCAGAAACCGAGGAGAGCCGUGAUAAGUCGCCUGCGCAAGCAGGACAAGAUGGUAAACAAGAAGAUCAAGCGAAUGAAAUGCAAAAAGAGUUGGAGCUCGCAAGAAAACAAUUUCAAGAUGAACUCCAGAAGCAGAAGGAUGCCUUUGAAGCGCAGAUCAAGAAGAUGGACCUGGACGUUCGAACGCGUGAGGCGGGGAGAUCUCCUUCUGGGUUCUUGCCCUUAGAUCCCAAUGAACUCGCGAUCGCCCGGAAUGUGGUCGAGAAAUGGCAGCAAAGAAAUUACGUCCUGAUAGCCGAAGUCGUGCUCCAGAAUGCUAGUCUUCUAAAGGAGGCGCAGGUGAUGGCAAAGCUCCUUGAUCCUGACUGCAACUUCCAAUAUGUCAUUUUGGACCUCGGACAAGAUCGUGGUUCGUCGUACGACCUCAUUCUGCAUGACAUCUCUGGUGACGAAGAUGAUGCUCUUGCCAAUGCUCGCAAGCCUUGCCUCGCGGUGCGUGUCAUUGACAACCAGCUCAAAUGCAUACAUUUAUGGUCUGUGGAAAAACUGCGAUCACGAGUCAACAAAAUGCGGCAGAUGCUUCAAUACAAGAAUGAGCCCGAAUACUUGCAACACUUUCGAAUGGACAACCCCUUUCGAGACUCAGAUCAAUCGUUGUUCUCCUUGGUAGGGGAUGGUAGCAUCCCUUUGACUGCCGUGUUUGAGACAAGAGUGCAAGAUUUUGUGGUGGAGAUCUGCUCACCUUCCACGCAACAAAUCAUUGGAAGAGUAAGGAUAUCAUUAGAACCCUCUUUGACGGAGUCUCCUCCUCAUACUAUCAAAUUCAACAUCAUUCUCCGCGAUCUGGUUGGAUUUUCCGAGCACGAAGGUAGUCAAGUACAUGCUCAGAUGACAGUACUUGGGACUUCCGACGAAAGUGUGGCAACCACCCAACCAAUACAUGGCUUCGGUGAUGGCCCAAUCCGGUUCGAAAGCAUACAUAAUCUGAGCGUUCGCAGGGCAAGCGAGAAGUCGGCAACAAUGAAAAUUGCAAUAUUUGCGCAAGUCAGCUCGACCCAUCUGGACAAGCUGAUUAGCUGGGACGAACUGCGUGAGAUGGAUGAACAUGGUCCUGAUCAAGACAACGCACAUCGACUGCCAGAGUCGGAAUACAAUGUAGAAGAACGACACGAUGUUUUUGCGAAGGUUCAAAUGCUCGAACUUGCAGAGAACGGCCAGUACAUGCCCAUUGAGGUCUUGCAGACGAGUGCGGACGACAAUGGAGCAUUCCAACUGCACCAGGGUCUUCAGCGUCGGAUCUCGAUUACUCUGACUCACAGCUUGACCGAGAGUCUUCCCUGGGACGACUUGAAAGGCCUUCGCGUGGGAGAAGUUCAUUUGAUCGACUCUUCUGGACGGGUAGCCGACAUUGGAUCUGUCACGCCCGAUAUUCCGCUCAAACAAAUUCAAGAGCCUAUGAUCAAAGACAACGCUGACGGCACCUCAAACAUCAGUCUUUUGGGACAAUGGGACAGCUCUCUGCAUAAAUCCCUUCUUCUUGACCGAGCCACCAACGAGCAGUGCAGAAUUCAGAUUGCGCUUCGAUGGGACGUUGUUUCCAGCCGCUUGGAACAAACGAUGACCUUCUCGAUCGAGCAGCAACUACAGAUCCUGCCGAGGUCUUUCGUACGUCCCCAAUCAAUGUUCAAGUCGUUCUGGACGCAGGUUCGAACAACGCAUGCCACCGACGGGCUGUUUUCGAUUGUGGUUCGUCCGAUCAGCGCGCAGAGGGCGGCAGACCUGUGGCGACUGGACACCUCAAGAAACUACAUCAAAGGUGAAGAAUUGCUGGGCAACUGGAAGGCCAGAGGCAUUUCACUCGUCAAAGAUUACCUGGUCGCUCGACGGAAGAAGCGACAGCUGCAGGAUAUAGAAUCAGCCAAAGCAGCAUUUGGUUUAAAGAGGCUAAGUGUAAGCAAGACUCGGACACGGGUUGCCUCACCUUCAGACAUUGACGCGAGGGAGGAGGCAUUACUUCGCAAAUUCUUGGCGAUUUGGGAGAAACCAAGCAUCGAGAUGUCCAAUCCCGUGUUCAACAACAACGAUGGUUCAGCGUCGCCUCAGGGUGAUGCUGAGUCGACUAACACGCCGGAUCUCAACGCGGUUUCGGGUCGCAAAACUCGAUAUCUCGCUGCAGUCACCAGCGUAGCUAAAAGUGUUACGUCUUGGAAGUCAGGCUAUUUACUCAUGCCUUCCGAGAGCCACGAACCUGGUCACAGUCAGUCGAUGCAAUGGAAACGACGGUUCGUGGACCUUCGACCUCCAUACCUAUACAUCCAUUCGGUGCCGGACGGCGAAGGCAUCAAUGCGAUCAGUCUGACGCACGCACGGAUUGACCAUGAUCCUGACUUCAAGCGCCUGCUUGGAAGCGGCAGUUCUAUUAGCUCUGGCGAUGGCGUUAGUGGGCACAAGAGAAGCGGCAGUGCCGAACUCCAUGGUCUUGCACAUGUGUUUGCUGUGUAUGGAGAACAGAACACCUUCUUAUUCGCAGCACGCAGUGAGAGCCAAAAAAUGGAAUGGAUCUUGAAGAUCGACCAGAGUUAUUUUGAAGAUGAAAACGAAGGGGAAGAGGCAUAAGGUGAGAGCGGCACCUGAGAUGCUUGUGCACUGCUUUUAUUCAGUAGGUCGUGGUGUUUUUGGUCACCCGGCUGUCAAUUUGUGAUACCCCCAAGGCAUUGAUUUGGCACUGCGACACAUAUAUGGACGAUGUUGUAUGAAGUUCGGUUCGUGUGUGAUUAUAUUGAUGUAUAUACGAUGAGGAGUUAUGACCGCUUUCAAUCAGCAUCAAUGUCAGUGAGCUUCUCGGACAAUUCCAUGUGGCAUU